CUAGCACACUACUUCCACGUUGCGCAGACGAAGCCAGACUUGUAAUAUUAUUACUUAAAAAACACCACAACGUCAAACUUUGCUCUUUGGCCUUUUUCCAUUCUCAGAAAACCCGCUGGGAGUUUUAUUUUUAAUUUUUUUUUAAAUCACGAGAAGCGAAGGGGGGAAGGACGCGAUGUGAUGGGCGAUUCAACCAAAGUGCAAGCGCCCAGCGCGUCGUCGUAUCAGUCCGCGCUCGCCAAGGUCCAGCCUCUGGUACCGAUCUUGGCGGGCUUCAACCACCGCAACAGGAGUCAGCACCGGCACGCGCGGUGGUGGGCCGCCUUUGGCUCGCUGCGCCGGAACGUGGGGAGACUCGUCUCGGAGCUCGAGGCCGCCGCGGCUAAACGUGAUGCUCGGAACCCGAGCAAGAAGCGUGGGCGCGGGGGGCAGGAGGGAGGAGGAGGAAAUGGAGGAAAAGCCGUGGAGGAUAAGGCGAGGUGGAUGAGGGACUUUUUGGUCGGGGAGGCUUAUCUGGAUUUCUCGCAGCUCGCGGCAGACAACCAAUUCGCGGUACUGGGAAUCGUGCUGCUGGGGGUCCUGGCCUCGGUGCACGACGCCUGCAUCCAGCUUGUGGGUGAGGCGUCCAGCCUCGUGGAGGUGGCGCUCGAUGAGCUGUCGACUGCCAUCGCAGAGCCUGCCGUGGUGGUGGAAGUGGUGCAGAAGGAUAUGGCGAAGAAGCCAAGCGUCAAGCGUGCUGGCUUGGCAGAGAACGAUGUCGAUUUCGGGCAAGUGGUGUCCCGGGAGGAGGUUGCUGCCGCUGCUACUGCUGCCCAGACACCAAAGAUUCGCGAGGCGGAUGGGGAACCGUCAGUCAAGCGUAAGAAGAAAGAUGUGGGGAAGUCGACCAAUAAACCUAUAGAGGAAGUGGCGUCAAGGGAAGAGGUUCCGAAAAAGGACAAGGCUGCGAAGGAGAAGAAGAAAAAGAAGAAGAGUCAAGGUGAUGAGUUUGACGACUUGUUCAGUUCUCUGGUAUAAAUUAUGUAUCGGAAAUGAGCAUGCCUGAUUCAGCACGCAUGUAAUUCAGUAGUCUUACUGUAAACUCCGUGCUGCUUGGUGAUCAUCAGUGUUUGAAGGUGAUGCUGCGGAGGCAGGUCGCAGGAGCAGAACACCUAGAGACUCAGUGACUAGUCACUCGCUAAGGGUUGGUAAUC